UCCAUCCUCUCGGACGGAGUGUCGUUGGGAACUGCGUCUCAUCCAUCCGUCGGAGGUGGUAAUAAGAGAAAGAAGAAGGGAAAUUUCGUAUGGUGUAAUCGACACAUGUGAUAUGAUUCUCGAGUCAUUUCCGCCCGCUGAAAGUAAAGCUGCCGAAGGCAAUUACCAGGUUACCUGAGUUACUCGAGUUGUCGCGCUUCGAUUGACGUCGACCUAACCUAGUUCAUGCCCGAGGAUGUCGUCGGGAAUCGCGCGUUCCUCGAGUUAGGUCACGAGAAGUGCGACGGGAGAAGGGGACGAAAAGUCGAGAAAGUGCCAUUGUGUUCCCCGAUAGGGGCGAUACCCCUGUGUUCGUGCGUGCGGAAAGAGCAAGCCCGAAGAAAAGAUACCUAAGAUCGGAGGUAUAGGUUAGGUCAGGUUAGCUCACGUAUCCGCGGACAGAUCCCCCAAGUAUGUCAAAUAAGGAGUCGGAGGACGAGGUGCAGAUAAUAUCCGAGAAAUUGCAGGCCGCCACGACGCUCGAUCCGCCGGCGCACAACAACGCGCAGCAGGCAGCCUGCAGGGGCUCCCGGAAAUCCGUCAACAAUGGCUCGUCGCCGUGCCAGCCGGUGGUGGACGACAAGAAGGUCUCUUGCGUUGCCGCCGGCGGGGACUUCCACGUGGUGACGAGGAACCUGCCUGAGCUCAAUCUGCCGGAGAAGAUCCUCAUCGUCAUCGACACGGUGAGGGAGCAGCAGUGCACACCCUUCAAGCUCGGCACCGGGGCCACGUACUCGCCGCUCUACAUGAUCAAGCGCGCGGUCGAGAGCUUCGUCCACGCCAAGUCGACCAUCCAGAUGAGCCAUGAGUUCGCGCUGAUGACCGUCGACGCGCGGAGCAUACACUGGCUCUGCGACUACACCAGCGACAUCAGGACGGUGCUGGUCCAUCUGGACGGCGUGAGCGAGGACGUGGUGGACGAGGAGCAGCGGAUCUACGACCUGGACCAGCUGUUCGAGGCGAUCUACACGCGGAUCACGAUACCGACGACGAGGGAGCAGAGCGCGCCGGCCGCGCCCACCUUCACCUCACGCGUCAUCCUCAUCUACGGACGCUCCAACUCGAUCCCCAAGUUCCACAACGGCCGGAAAUACCUUUACGACCUCACCGAUAACCCGUACUUUUUCCUGGACGUGCUGUUCGUGCACGAGCCACCCGGGGAGGACAACAGGUGCGAGGAGGUGUACGCCGAGAUCACCACGUUGGACACGACGAACCUGUCGUACAUCCUGGAGGUCGGCCGGAACGCCGCCAACAUACACAACAACAUGGCCAAGCUGUUGGCCCAUCCGCUGCAGCGACCGUUGCAGAACGACGCCUCCUACACGCUCUACUCAACCCAGGCCGCUCAGGAAGCGCACACCAACGUGUAGUGAUCGAUGGCUGACCGGUUUCUCGCGAGCGACACUUUCGUCCCCGAGGCGUGUCUCGUCGUGCCGCUUCGAGCCCGCGUCGGAUCGGACGUUGGGGACUGCGGUUGGAGAUCAGGACUCGACGAACCGUGUCGAACCGCGCGAUAAGAACUAGUAAUUUUCUAUCGAAUCAUCUGUAAUGCGUGUAAACGUGGGCAGAACUGACGGCAUGGGGGAAAACGUUGCGUCAAUCUAAAUUCAGAUUUCGGCUGUCGGGAGAAAAACAGUGAUGUGUUCAGAUUAGAUUCAACAAUGUUGUUGAAUCGGGAAGAUUGACUCCAAUUAUACGACGCUGUUCGACCAAUUCGAUCGAUGCAACAGCUUUUUUCCCCGUACGUCUUUGUCGCAAAAGUGGGAUAUCGGUUUAGUAUACUGCUGUUUGCACGCAUUACCGAAGUAAAUGCAUUGUUGGAGAUCAAGGAUGAGCGGGAGCUUGGUCUUUAAUUUACUGGUUAAUUUCUGGCUUAGACUUAACCUGAUGAUGAUGUAAUAAUUAUGUUUUUCUAUUCAUAGUUAAUCGUCACAUUUUAAGAGACUUACCGUUUACAAAAUUAUCACUUUAAUGAUCAACCGUAAAUAGAAAAACACAAUGUUUGCAUCAUCAUCGUCAUCAGUUUAAAUCCGAGUCACAAGUUGACCGGAAAAUGGAAGAUCGAGAGCCUAGAAGUCAAUAAGUUGCUUAAUUUCGAUCUUGACUCACCUUCCGCAAUCCUCGAUUUUCAACACUCGAUCUGGUCUUCGAUAUCGGCUCGUUUGAGCCUCGGGAAUUGGACAAGUUCCAAUCUUCAAUUUUCAACACUUACUUUGAUACAGACUACACGGAAGAUCAACGCGCUCGUUAUCGUCCCGUAAUUUCGUUUUGAUGUCCACCAGUACGAAAACAACCGUCCAUUGUCGUCCGAGUUAUCGACAGGAACGAAUAAAAAUUUUGUGCCACACCGUUCGUAAAGUAAGUCUCGCGAGCGAAUCGAGCGCGUGAGGUCUCAUAGUGGCUCGAGUCUAAAGUUUCAAUAAUUUCAGAUCGCGCACAUUGCGACGAGGCGGAGUAUCAUUCGCUUUGCUGAGCUCAGUGCUUCGCAGAACGACCGUUCGACACGCGUAGCAACUAGUAAUCUCGUACUAAAUCCUUGUUUCGGCCUCGUAAACGACAACCGUGUGGAACCGAUCACUAGUCUUCUUCAUGCAUUCUAGUUUUAAAGGUUCGGAGAGAAUUGGUUUCUUGAAUUUUCGUGCUGCUCUUUUCGGCUUCUUUCUGUGGAAAGAUCGGUUGAAUUAACGGAUCGAGCGCGUUUCGGCCGUUCGGGAAUUUUCACGAGCCAAAUGCUGUUUUCAUUCUAUUUUAACCUUUAUUUUUUUUUUGCGAUAAUUGUUGUUUCGUACUUCCUUGCGCUCGAGGGGAAUUGUCCCACCAGUGCACGGAAACGCACUUAUUCAUUUUUGUUCUCUCUCUCUCUCUCUCCAUGUGUGUCCCCCGCAGGAAUCGCGUGUCCACUGUCUCGGCUGCUCUUACACCGCACUGCAGCAUCGUCCACCAGGUCACGUCAUUUGUACUACGUCGUCCGCUCGAGCGGCUGUCGCUAAAGCUCGUCUUGCACGCUUCGGGCCUUCGCAGAAUGACCGACUUAUCAAUCGAAGAGGAUAUUUUAUACCUCAGCUCUUUGUCUCUAAGUAACGCACAAUGACUGUCUUGUGUCUUAAACCAAAAACACCGUUCCGUCGUGAGGGGAAAUAAAUAAAUUUAAUCAAUAAAUAAAUUCGGAUAAAGAUUGGGGGGGGGGGCAUAAAAUAUCGUCUGGAAAUUGCAAGUCAAUCCUUCUGCUUACGCUCUUUCGUGCUGAAAGCGUCGUUCUAUCUUCACUUCUCGUCAGAUAUCGAAGAAAGAUCAAACCAGCGUUGUGAUAUUUUUCAAACUACUAACCACAGACAGAGAUAUUGAAAUGUAAAUAGAUACAGAUAUAAAUGUUCGAAGUAAAUAACUAGAUAUAGAUACAUACACCGUGAGAAUGUACCUGGAUACACUUCAUGAAGUAUAUAUUCUCAUAGUAUAUAUAUAUACACAAUUAUUUAUCUCAAAUUUACAUCUGUAUCUACUUACACUUCUUCUUCAAUAUCUGUAUCUAACUACGUCGAAAAAAUAUU